AUGGAUCACCAGUAUUCGAGUAAGGAGUCGAAAAACUUAGUAGAAAGACAAGAUGUUGGGCCCUAUUCUUUUCCUACUUGCCUUUUUUCUAGUGAUCAUUCUGAAAGCAGGACUUUAAUUAAAUAUGAGAUGGAUGAGACAUUGGAAAUCAAGGAAGAAAUUGUCCAAGAUCAAGAGACUAAAGUUCAAAAACUCAAUAAAAAAUAUGAUUUAAAAUUGUGUACCGUAAAUAUAUUAAGACCUGCUCUUUUGGCCAUUAAUAACAAACUUUCAACCCCUAAGAAGUGGAAAAUUCGUGAAUCAGAACAGGAACCAGAAAAGGCAUACAAAUGCGAAAAGUGUGCUCGAACAUUUAAAUAUAAAGCAAAUUUGGUUGUUCAUCAAAAAUACACAUGCGACGUCAUACCACAGUUUAAUUGCCAAGAAAGUUCUUCCAACAUAACUAAAAGACUAACACAUAAUCCAAAAUAUUGGACAAAAUCGUGUACUAGUUUUUUGAGACACCAGAAAGAAGAGCACAAUCUUAUUUCUGAAAGAAAUCAAUUGGCCGAAAAAUGUAUAACAACUCAAAUUUUUUUUCACGAUAAUUGGGGAUCAAAGACUUUAGUUAAAUAUGAAAAUGACGAAACUUUGGAAAUUAAGGAGGAAAUUACGGAAAUUAAAUAUGACAAUGACAAAACUUUGGAAAUUACUGAUGAAAACAUCCAAGGUCAUAAAAGCGAGACAGUUACGGGACAAAAUUGCAAUACAAAAUAUGAGUCAAAAUUAUGCACCGCAGCUAUAAGAGAAGGUAUGUUGGCUGUUAACAAGAAACUGCCAAGCCAAAAACAGCAAGAAAUUCGGGAUUUAAACCCAGAAAAGAAAUACAAAUGCAAAAAGUGUGCGCAAGCUUAUACACAGAAAAAGCAUUUGGCCUAUCAUGAAAAAUACAAUUGUGACGUCACACCACAGUUCAGUUGUAGAUUCUGUGGCAAACCAUUUACACAGAAAAGUCACUUGAGUCGCCACGUGGGUGUUGUACAUCUGAAAUCAAACUUACAGCCCUCAAAACCAAAGUAUAAUUGUAACAAUUGUACUCGGAGUUAUAGUUCCUUAGGCACUUUAAAUCGACAUAAUCGUUUAGAACAUGCAGCAGUCAAACCACAAUUUAUUUGCGAUUUUUGCGGACGUAAAACGAAUCAGAAAAGUAACUUGGUAAAACACAUUAAUUCUCGCCAUCGCAAGUAAUUUAGUACCCAAAAUUUCAAUUAUGAGAACAGUUAUCAUGCUAGUUGAUAUCCAGUGUCAUCAGAAACCAAACUUAACAAAUAUCAUACUUAGCCUUAAUUGUGAAAAAUGAACUUUAGGGUGAAGUUUCUCAAAUGCUUUAAGCAAACAUAAAAACAUCAGAUAACCCUGCAGAUAAGCCACAAUUUCUUUACGGUAUUUGGGGUGCGGGUCAUAACAACUUCCGAAAAGUCACCUUCUCAAAUAAUUUAGUAUCCACAAAAAAUUUUUAAAAUCAUUUAAGUGACUUAAAUUAUUUCUGUAGCUGAUAAAAAAUGUCAAGAAUGGCUUGCGGAUCCACUACUUGUAAUAAGUUUUAGUUUCCCUCAUAAAAAAAAUACUUGUCUGAGAUUUAGACACUUCCAUUUAACUUAAUACAUAUAUUAACUAAAUAUUUACCGAAUGAUGCUUUUCUGAUUCUCCAAUUUUUUAAUCAUUUAGAUAUUGUAAAAUGUCAAUAGCACAUCUAGAAAUAAAAUUAUUGUUUAACUCCGUGAAA